CCCACGUAUCCAGGCACCCACAUUCCAGAGAAAACCCCCCUGCCCAGCUCAUUUCUGGGCAGAUCCUGAAGGAAGCGCCAUGUUCUGCUGCUGCCUACCGAAGCCCAGAGGAUGCAGGCAGAGGAGAGCUCGCCCGCCAAACACGUCCCCUCACUGGGCAGGUCGUGUCAGGCUUCCCCGACGACUCUGGCCCUUUGGCAAAAAGAAUCAAAAGGCCACGGAUGAACUAGGAAGGAGGCGGGAAGACCCGCACUCCUCCCCGACCCCGGAGUCCCCGGUCCUGGGAAGGCCCUCGCUACCUCCCAGACCACUGCCCGCGGUACUCCACUGGAUUGUGGUCCUGGACACGGAGCCCACGGAGGCCAAGUCCAAGGCUUCUCCAGCCAAGGAGCUAGACCCUCUCCCAACUUCAGCAACUCCGGAGGGGCACAUGGUGUCUGGAGUCCGGGAGCCCACAGACCCAGCCCCUGCCCCUGCGUCUUCGCCUUCAACUGCCGCCAUCCCUUCCCCUGGCCCUGCCAGGACCACUGCCCCAUCCCCUGGCCCUGCCUAG